CUCCUGAAAACUCGCGUUGCUUCAGCAGGCUUCAGUCUCGUGUCGACUUAAGUCGGAGUAGUGCGCGAGCGUCAUGUGCUAAGCUUUUCAGUGAUUUACAAGCUUUAAAUAAAUGCGUUCCUAAAGUAGAUGCAAGCACAAAUGAAAUUUCCGCUCACGUCCUCGAUGGUCCAACUUGAGGUACCUGAAUAUUAGACGAUUGGAUUUAGCUGGAACAAUGGAUCUUGACAACCCUUCGUACUUCUCCGUGGCGGCAGAAGCGCCCAAAAGGGCCCAGAAGAUGGACGACAAGAGCAAGCGUUCCAUGCGCUCAUUUCUAAGAUCCGUGAGUUCCAACUCAGCCGACUCCAACCAGGAGCUCCUCAUCAUGGGCGAACCCAGACUCUCUGACAUCGACCCAGACAUAGCCUUCAAGCACCAGGCCUCCAGGUCGAACUCGCUGAGGACGAGGGAGCACCACGACGUCUUAUACAACCUUUUACCCACUUCGGAGGAAGCCGAACUCUCAGGCGAUGAGGUGUUUUUAAGCGAGGAAACGGCGACUUAUUACAACUGCUCUCCCAGUAAACGUCGCCACUCCAUUGGCACAUUUAUCUCCCGUGAAAGGAGUACGAGUGUGGCUUCUUCGUCACGAAGCUUCAAAGAUGACCUCCCCCAAGCCGUAGUUCACGCAACUUCCACCGGGGACUCCCCCAUUUUCGACGAUCAUGCACUAAGACACGCGUCUUAUCCCAGGAAGCGGUGUCCUCGUUGUACGAGAGCACCUAUCAAAAAGCCGGCAAACAUGGACGACAUCCUCAUAGUGUCUUUCAAAGGAAGCGAGGCUGCGAAUCUCUGGGCCGAGUAUUUCACCAACUAUUUUCAACAGUUGAGCAAAGCGAACAAAAAGCCCUUCAAAAUUCAGCAUAUGCUAGUAGAAGACUGCCUUUCCGACCCCAAGGAAGACCCAAAAAUCGUCGCCGAACGAGCAACAAAUGUUAAGCUACAACUAGUUAUACUUUGUCCAAAUUUUCUGGAAUUUGUGGCCGAAUAUCCGGACAAGUGCUCCGAAUUAGGGAAAUUGCUCCUCGCUGAUCGGACUCUAGCCCUACUUUUGGGGGUCUCCGAUAGUGACUUGACCGAAAUCCACAAGAAAACUUUCCCGACUUAUUUCCAAUGGCAAAGACUGGGCGUGGGUCAAGACCAAGACGAAAACUUCACCAAGGAGUUUCUGGGUCAUGCGAUGUCAAUCCUGUCUCGAAUUUGGAAACUGCAGACUUCGGUGACUCAAGAAAAGUCGUAUUUUUCCGUCUCUCCGAAGAAGAUCCGCCAAGGCCAGAACAGCGUUUUCAUCCUCCUGACCUACCCCUUGCAAAAAGAGGACAUUUUGAAGGUUUCCAUCGAACGCAAUAACGAAAUCUUCGAAGUGAAGACCGUAAAAAGACGCAAUCCCUACACCAUCAAAAUCUCCGUUCCAAAUAACCUGACCGAAGUCACAGCUAUCGUCAACAUUCUCGUUGAAAAAAAUGGCAGCAUCGUGGGCAGUCGUCCAAUCAAGUGCGAGAGCAGACUCAGAGAGCUUGAACAAAUUUUACGCCUCACUAAUAAUCCGAUCGAGUUUAUGUGUCAGACUUUGGGUUUCAACCCGUCCAGUCGCGAGCAACUGGAUAAUUGGCUUCUCCAGGCCUUCCAGAGGAAUCUUCCAGCGCAUUUCAAUCUCUUAGCCAAUCACGACACGCCAUUUGCCGCUUCCCUACCCGCCCAUAAGCACAGUCACGAGGAACACCCCACUCUGCUCCACUUCGCGGCAAAAUUCGGAUUUGAAAAACUCGCUUUGCAACUAUUAGACUGUCCAGGAGCUGACAUUGCUUUCGACAUCAAAAAUAUCCACGAUAUGACUCCGGCAGAAAUCGCAGAAACUAACGGCCAUCCUGAACUGGCAGCCACACUUCGUGGUUACAUGAACAUGAACGAAUUCACACACAUGUACUCAAAAUUGAAAGAAAUGAGUUUAAAUUCGGCCAAAAUCGACGAGGAUAGUUAUAUUACUCCAAAAGAGAUAGAAGAACUGUACAAAAUAUGCCCCGCCCCUAGACCCGUCUUUUUCAACGAUCAGUUAAACUCGCCGACCAGUGAGUGUGGCUAUAUGUCAAUGACUCCGCCCGUCAAAAUCGUCAUCGAGCACUCCGAAAUACCCGCCCCUAAACCGGCCAAAAGCCCCGCCCCUUCAAUCAAGACUGACACCCCUUCAUUCUCACCCAAUGAAAUCACUGAAGAUAAAGUCCAAAAGGAGCUGUUGGAAAUCAUCAAUGAUUUCAAAAACAACGUGCAUUCAAUUUCCCAAGUGGAAAAACUGGUCGAGGAGUGGAAAAAUCGCAACGAUGUGCAAAAAUCUUUCAAGGAGAAACAAGAACAGUUGAAGGAAAUGAGAUUAAAGUACGAGAAAAUUCAACAAGAGAUGAAAGCUGCGAUGAAAAAACCGACCCCCUUCGAAAGGGUGAAAAAAUUAUUUGCGAGGAGCAAAUCAAAGGAGGAGAAGUAUGAAAUUUCCUCGCCCAUGUUGGCAUCGCCCAGUAUCGUGGCUAUUCAGUCCCAGAGACCCAUCAGCAGUUUGAGUACGUCGAGUUCGGGGUCCUCGGGCCGGAUGAGCACCAUCAGUGGGUGCAGUUUGGGUGAUAGUGGGACCCAUUCCGAUAACGAGGAACGAAAAAAUAUGCUGGGGAGUCACAAUGAAGAAGAUUUCCGAAAUGUGUUCAAUAAAGCUGCCUUAGAGUUAAAUUAUUCGCCAGUUCCGGCCCCUAAACCGGUCAAAACCGGCAUUUUCUCCAAUCGGAAUCAACUAUUUGAAACCAUUGAGGAGAAGCCAAUCACAAGGCCGGACUCACUUCCGGUGGGGGAGGAGUAUUAUAUCCAGUUUCCGCGCUCGGGCUUGCCAGUGGCGGGAGUUGAGGAGAAAACUGGAGGUCAAGAAUACAUGAAUGUGGGGGCUGCCAAAGACGAAGAUGAGACUCACGAAUACAUGAAUUUCAAAGUAAUGACCAAGAGAUAGACUAAGAUUUGAUGUAAUUUUUUAUGUCAAUAAUUUUUAGUAACAUAAUAUUUAUGUGAAACUUUUUUCAAAUAUUUAUUUAUUCAUUUUUCUGUUAUAUUUUAUGCUCCACGAUUUGUAUGUUGUUAAAUU